CUUCAAAGUCCUACUAAUUCCCUUGCAUUUCACUAAAGUUUCCCGUUCCCCUUCCCCUCUUUCCUAUUCCUCCGCUUAAUCUCCCCUGUUCUUCUUCAUUAUAAGUAAAUUGUUGGGUUUUUUAUUUUUUUUGUUUUUCUUCUUUUGUUGUAAAGCUAAGACUCUGCUGGAUCCCUGUUUGUAUUAGUAGAGACCGUAAAUUACAAUCCUCGCUUGUAUCUCGAUUUAGAAGUAUUAAUCUGUUUCGAUAUCGAUGGCGACUGCAUCUACUACUCCCCAGAGGAAGAAGGACAGAAAUCUUCCCCCCAGGAGAGGUCAAGUAAAGGCUCAAAUUUUUGAGAGCGUGGCCAAGACUGUCGUUUCUGCAGCCUCAAAGGCGAAGCAGGCACUGGGGAAAAACAAAGGAGAAGGCAGUGAUGGGAAGAGCACCUCCUCUACAACCACAACCCCACCGCAAAGUGGGUAUAAUUCUGAAGGAAAUGGUGACAUCUCUUAGCAAAAAGGCCAUUUGGGUUAAAAUCACCUUUAUAUCCUCUGUUUUUCGUCUCAAUUCUCUGAAUUGUGAUAUGUAUUUCGUGGUUCUGAAGCCCUUUCCCCACAUAUUUGUCUAAACCGGAAAAGGCGGUGUCUGUAUAUUCUAAAUAGCUAGGCUGUGAAAAUCUGUCAUUUUUUAUUCAGAUCACAGCUUCUGUCUUGGUUUCUAAAUUUGGAAAGUUCAUGUUGCCCUACAUUAACUCAUGUUUUUGUCAGUUAGGUGUAGGGGAUAAGAACCCAUGUAAGUCUUUUAGUUUCUAUUUUGUCAGUUAAGCCCUCUUCCAUAGUUGUUUCUGCCAGUUUUUGAAGGGAGGUGAUGUUCAUGGAAGAGGCCUGGUUGUAUCUGGGGGGGUUUGUCGUUAUGUUUUUGGUUGUACUAUAAUGUAAUAUGAUAAUGAAUUUCCUAUGUUUGCA